GAAAUGUGAGCAGAGCUGAUGGAAGCUGAUAGGCAGGGCUGAAGUGUUAGCACCAGUACUGGAUGUGACAGCAGGCAGAGGAGCACUUAGCAGCUUAUUCAGUGUCCGAUUCAGAUUGCGGCAAGGAUCCAAGCAUGGAAUGCUGCCGUUGGGCAACUGCUGGCACCUUGCUUCUGGCGUCUCUGCUCCUGAGUUCCAGAACAGCUCGAUCUGAAGAAGACCGAGAUACACUGUGGGAUGCCUGGGGUUCAUGGAGCGAAUGUUCACGCACUUGUGGAGGAGGGGCUUCCUAUUCACUCAGACGCUGCCUGAGCAGCAAGAGCUGUGAAGGGCGAAAUAUUAGAUACAGAACAUGCAGCAAUGUGGACUGCCCUCCAGAAGCUGGUGAUUUUCGGGCCCAGCAGUGUUCUGCUCAUAAUGAUGUCAAGUACCAGGGACAGUUUUAUGAAUGGCUUCCUGUCUCGAAUGACCCUGACAACCCAUGUUCACUGAAGUGCCAGGCCAAAGGGACAACCCUUGUUGUGGAACUGGCUCCCAAGGUUCUUGACGGCACGCGAUGCUACACUGAGUCACUGGAUAUGUGCAUUAGCGGCUUGUGCCAAAUCGUUGGCUGUGAUCACCAGCUGGGAAGCACUGUCAAGGAAGAUAACUGUGGGGUCUGCAAUGGCGAUGGGUCCACCUGCCGGCUGGUUCGAGGCCAGUUUAAAUCCCAGCUCUCAGCAAAUAAACCGGAAGAUACUGUUGUCGCUGUUCCCUAUGGAAGUAGGCAUGUUCGUCUAGUGUUGAAAGGACCUGAUCACUUACAUUUGGAAACCAAGACUCUGCAAGGCGUGAAGGGAGAAAACAGCCUCAGCUCUACAGGCUCUUUCCUGGUGGACAAUUCUAGCGUUGACUUCCAGAAGUUUCCGGACAAGGAGAUACUGAGAAUGUCUGGGCCUCUCAGUGCAGACUUCACAGUCAAGGUCCGCUAUGCUGGUGCUGCUGACAGCGCGGUUCAGUUUAUCUUCUAUCAACCCAUCAUUCACCGAUGGAGGGAAACUGAUUUCUUUCCUUGUUCCGCAUCUUGUGGAGGAGGUUACCAGCUGACAUCUGCUGAAUGUUAUGAUCUGAGAAGCAGCCGGGUGGUGGCUGAUCAAUACUGUCACUACUACCCUGAAAACAUCAAGCCAAAGCCAAAACUUCAGGAGUGCAACUUGGACCCUUGUCCUGCCAGUGAUGGAUACAAGCAGAUCAUGCCCUAUGACCUCUACCAUCCCCUUCCUCGAUGGGAGAGUACUCCAUGGACAGCGUGCUCCUCCUCGUGUGGAGGGGGCAUUCAGAGCCGCACAGUCUCUUGUGUGGAGGAAGACAUUCAGGGGCACAUCAGCCCUGUGGAGGAGUGGAAGUGCAUGUACACGCCAAAGAUGCCCAUUGUCCAGCCCUGUAACAUAUUUGACUGCCCAAAAUGGCUGGCCCAGGAGUGGUCUCCGUGCACUGUAACGUGUGGCCAGGGGCUGAGAUACCGUGUGGUGCUCUGCAUUGAUCACAGAGGGAUGCAUACAGGAGGCUGCAGCCCUAAAACAAAGCCUCAUAUAAAAGAAGAAUGCAUUGUUCCCACUCCUUGCUACAAACCCAAAGAGAAACUUCCUGUGGAAGCUAAACUGCCAUGGUACAAGCAGGCACAAGAGCUGGAAGAAGGAGCAAUGGUGUCUGAAGAACCAUCGUUUAUUCCUGAGGCCUGGUCUGCCUGUAGUGUCACAUGUGGGGUGGGCAGCCAGGUGCGGCCAGUGAAAUGUCAGGUGCUCCUGUCUUUCUCUCAGUCUGUGGCUGACCUGCCAAUUGACGAAUGUGAAGGUCCCAAACCUGCAUCACAACGAGCCUGUUACGGCGGCCCCUGCAGUGGGGAGGCUGCUGAAUCUAACCCUGAGGAAACCGAACUGAUCUAUGGGGGCCUCCAGGAUUUUGAUGAACUCUAUGACUGGGAAUACGAGGGCUUUACGGAAUGCUCAGAAUCCUGUGGAGGAGGUGUCCAAGAGGCUGUCGUGACGUGCUUGAACAAACAGACAAGAGAGAUUGCAGACGAAACUCUGUGUGUGACCAGCCGCCGUCCUCCACAGCUACUGAAAGCCUGUAAUCUGGAGCCCUGCCCCCCAAGGUGGGAGAUUGGGAAAUGGAGCUCCUGCAGUCUCACCUGUGGAGUUGGUCUGCAGACUCGAGAUGUCUUCUGCUCUCACCUCCUCUCAAGAGAGACAAAUGAGACGGUAAUUUCGGCAGAUGAGCUGUGUCAUAAACCCAAGCCCACCUUAGUGCAAGCCUGCAAUCGCUUUGACUGCCCACCAUCCUGGUACCCUACACAAUGGCAACAGUGUUCACAGACAUGUGGAGCAGGCACUGAGAAGCGAGAUGUGCUCUGUAAGCAGCGCAUGGCAGAUGGAAGUUUUUUGGAGCUUCCAGAAACCUUCUGCUCCACUCCGAGGCCAGUUUCCCAACAAGCCUGCAAAAACAAAGACUGUCCCAGUGAAUGGCUUCUUUCUGACUGGACACAGUGUUCAGUGAGCUGUGGAGAGGGCACCCAGACUCGAAAUGCCAUUUGCAGGAAGAUGCUGAAAACUGGAGGUUCUGUCAUCAUCAAUUCCUCAAUGUGCCCACCUUUGCCUCUCUCUUCUUUAGUCAGGUCCUGUGCACUAACUGCUUGCACAAGGCACAACAGGCCGGCUCAAAAGCAAAGCCCCCAUAUUAUGGCCCUGAAGAAUGUUUACAUCCAGACAAAGAAGCAGAAGAAGCUACACUUUAUUGUGGGUGGCUAUGCCUACCUACUGCCCAAAACUUCUGUUGUCCUCCGAUGUCCGGUGAGAAGGUUCCGUAAAUCAAUGAUCACCUGGGAGAAGGACAACAAGCGACUCCUCAGCUCAGUUCACAUUACCAUUGCACCGUACGGGUACAUAAAGAUCCACCGUUUAAAGCCUUCGGAUGCUGGCACGUACACCUGCAUAGCAGGGCCAGCCCGGGAACAUUUUGUGAUUAAACUAAUUGGAGGCAACAAUAAAAUCAUCAUCAACCAACCAGCUGGGAUUAGAGAGGAAGAAGGUACACGGAAGUCCAGUUUGAAUGAAGCCUUGCACACUCAGGAGAAGCAUCAGAAUGGGAUUCUCUUCAACAGGAGCAAGGCCGAGAAACGAGGGCAUUUGGCUGAUCCUAGCAGCCAGUAUGAUGACAUUGUCUCAAGACUUCUGGAGCAGAGAGGCUGGCCUGUGGAAAACCUGGAAUCCUGGGAGGCUCAGGAGUCAACAGAGAGAAAUGCCUCUUCAGAGGAGGAGCAGAGUCAGGAGUACAGCCUUCCAUUUACCAUGGUCACGGAGCAGAAACGCUUGGAUGACAUCAUAAGGAAUUUGUCUCAGCAGCCUGAGGAACUUAAGGAUGUCUACAGCAAGCAGCUUGUUGUGCAGCUAGCUGAUGACAUCUUCAAGAGCCAUUUGGAAAAUCAAGAAUCUGUUUUCAAAGUCCAGGGGAGAAGAAUUGGUUCAGCUAUGGCAGAGUUCCCUUUCCGCAAACAGGUGUCUGGAUUCACCAGUUCCUUGAGAACGUCGUCUGCCGAAGCACAUCUGCCAACUUCAGUGGAGCUGGGGAAUGGCUCACGCAGGCCCCAUCGAAAGCCUGCAAUCCUCAGGAAGAUUUCUGCAGCUCAGCAGCUCUCAGCCUCUGAAGUUGUCACUCACUUGGGACAGACGGUCGUCUUAGCCAGCGGGACCCUAAGUGUGCUGCUUCACUGUGAGGCUGUUGGGAACCCAAAGCCCACCAUUAGCUGGGCUAAAAAUGGAGCAGAGGUGCAAUACAAUGACAGGAUACUCCUUCAGCCAGAUGACUCUUUGCAGAUUUUAGCGCCAGUGGAAGCUGAUGUGGGUUUCUACACCUGCAAUGCAACUAAUGCUUUGGGAUCUGACUCUGUCUCCAUUGCGGUCACUUUAGCAGGAAAACCACUGAUCAAAGCAUCAAGAGCUACGCUGAUCAACACAGAGUCCUCCGCUGUCACAGUUGACAUUGGAAGCACAGUGAAAACAAUCCCAGGUGCAAAUGUUACCAUUAGCUGCCAAGUUGCAGGUGUACCUGAAGCAGAAGUUACUUGGUUGAGGAAUAGGAUCAAGCUGGCCCCUGCCUAUCAUCUGCAUGAUGGCUCAUUGCUGAUUGCAAAUGUAACUCUGUCUGAUCAGGGGUUAUACUCCUGCAAGGCAGCCAAUCUUCGUGGAGAGGUGACUGAAAGCACACAGCUGCUGAUUCUUGACCCCCCACAAACCCUCCUUCAAUUAGAAGACUUGACAACAAUGCUUUUAAUCUCGGGGCCGGAUAUUCCCUCAGUGCUGACCUCUCCUUCAGGAACAAGGUUGGCGCUAAAUCCUGGAAGUUCUGUCCUCAUCGGUUGCCCAGUGGAUGGUCAUCCAGCUCCAAACAUCACUUGGUUUUAUGCUGGUCAACCCAUCAACAUGAGACACAACAUCCUGGCAGCUGGUCAGAUUCUUCAGCUACUAAACAUCAGUGAUGGUUAUCAGGGUGAAUUCAGCUGCCUGGCUCAGAAUGAAGCUGGCUCACUUAUGCAAAAAACAUCUCUGACAAUCCGAGAAUAUUGGUGGUCAGCGGACAGACUGAUGGCAUGUUCGGCCUCCUGUGGUAACAGGGGAGUGCAGCAACCGCAACUGAGGUGCUUACUGGAUGGGACUGAGGUCAACACAUCCCACUGUAUAGAGAAGCCCAAGCCAGUGCUACAGCCUGUUGCUUGUAACAGAAGAGACUGCCCUUCAAGGUGGAUGGUGACAUCCUGGUCCCUUUGUACACGGAGCUGUGGUGGAGGGGUCCAGACCCGGCGAGUGACUUGUCAGAGGUUGACCGCUAUGGGCAGUUCCGUCCCCAUGUCAAAUGAGGCAUGUGCCCAGGUUGCCAAACGCCCAGUGGAUACCCAGAUCUGUAACAGGCAGCUGUGCAUGGAGUGGGUGGCCUCCUCCUGGGGUCAGUGUAAUGGGCCAUGCAUCGGACCGCGACUAGCUGUACAGCACAGACAGAUUUUCUGCCAGACCAGGGAUGGGAAUUCCGUGUCUUCUGACCAGUGCAGUGCCCUGCCAAGGCCUUUGAGCACACAGAACUGCUGGACAGACAUCUGUGGUGUGCACUGGAGGGUCAGUCUGUGGACCCUGUGUACAGCUACGUGUGGGAACUACGGCUUCCAGUCCAGGCGAGUGGAAUGCGUGCAUGUCCGCACCAACAAACCUGUGCAGGAGCACUACUGUUCCUGGAGGCCAAGACCUGCGAACUGGCAACGCUGCAACAUCACCCCCUGCGAAAACAUGGAAUGCAGAGACACCACCAGGUACUGUGAGAAGGUGAAGCAGCUCAAACUCUGCCAGCUCACCCAGUUCAAAUCUCGCUGCUGUGGGACUUGUGGAAAAGCAUGAAGAUGAGAGCAAUUGAGAUAGGGGAUCAGAGGCAUCAGCCUUUGCUUCACUACAGGAAGGACUGUUACAAAACAAAUUGGACAGAAUUCAGUUUUCUUCAUUUUAUUUAUUUAUUUUUAUUUUAUUUUUUUUAACUUUACUGAAUCGUUGUUGUAAAGGACUUGGCAAGUUUUCCCUUCAGUGAGACUGGGAGAUGGAAUGCAGCAAAGCACAGUUGUGGUGGGAGACCAAAAAGAAAGAGAAGACAAGCAACAUGUCAGGCCUGAGUGGAACAGAGCUGUCUAGGAAUCCUUUUAUAGGCCUUGCAAUACACAUCAACCAGCAGAUGGGCGGAAAACACCAAAGCAAAAACUCCCAUUAGCAGCAGAUCAGACCACCAGGGCAUGGAUCAAACAGCUUGACAGAUCAUGGGCUACUGAAAAAAGGGAUUGAACUAAAAAUUCAGCUAAGCAAUGGGCAGAGACAUCGUUUGCCCUAGAAGGGUUUGUUAACAUAAGCAUGUGGUUUUAGUUUUUUAAAAUUGCUGUCCUAAAGCUGUGUUCCUGUUCUCUCUCUGUCCCUCUCUCUCUCUCUCUCUCAUGCUAAGAACUUAGGAUCUGAAAAGGAGGUUAAACAUUGUGCUGAAGCAUUAAUGAGUUUAAAAUGCAUCUAAAUAAGUGCACCAAGUUUUUUUCCCUCAACAUGAAAAAAUGAAGUACAGUAUUAUGCAGAAAAGGAAAGUGAGUGACAGAAUGAUCUGCUAUUGACAGACUGCCGUGCAUACCUGCCAUCACAGCUCUGUGCAGAGCACUUAUAGGAGGGGCUUUAUAUAUAUUUGUGGCAACAAGAGCUACUUACCAUGCUGCAUCUUAACAUGAUUAAAAUGUAUCUGGGGAAGAGAGAAGCCUGAGAUCCCAGAGUUAUUGGGCUUUCAGAUCUGGGCUUUUGGUCUAUUUCUAACUUUAGAUUUGUAGAAAUCAUUUCUAUGUCCUGCCAGUGUGGAAUUUUUCUCUCAUUACAGCCAAAUCCUCCAGUGAUAAUUAUUAAUUUAUCAAGAAGGAGAACACAGCUGCUCUGAUUUGUUAUAGUUCUUUCUGUCACGUAGACAUACAGAAUGCUGCAUCAUCAGCUUUGUCCCCAAAGUGGUCGCACAAAUUCCUAAAAGACUCACAAAAAAGGUGGAUGCUAGAAAGUGAAGCAAUCUAUGAAUAGAACUCUGCAGUCAGAGGUGAUCUGAGAAGUAAGAGUCAAAUUUCACAAUUAUAACAUGAUUUUGCCUGCUCAUUGUGAUUCUCUCGCCUAAUUGCAUCGAUAAUCAAAAAUUAAGUGCUUCAUCCUUCAAGAUGCUGGGCAUCCUCAAGUCAGUGGAAAUCCAGGUUGCUCAGCACCUUGCAGAAAUCAGCCUGAACUACAAAGUUUGGAUUUGAACUUCCCUGAAGUUUGAGGGAGAGGUGUCCAGAUCCGGAGUUUUGGUUUAGGACUAUCUCUAAAUGUAAGGUUUGGCUGUGCCUCUUGUGUCACCCCCAGUGGGACUCUCUUCUUGUGAUGCAGUAAUAAAACACUGUUCAAGUAUUGAUAUGUUGCAGCUUACCUUACAUGUGGAUUUUUCAACAAGCCUGGAAGUUCUCUUGUGAGGUCAACACCAGGUCCAUUGCAUUAAAUUGCCUCCAGUUUGGUCAUUCCAAAGUGUGUCUGGCAGGGAACACUCUCUCUACAAAUGGGUCUCUGAGAAAUCACAUUGCUAAGAAUCAGUGUAACUUUUAUUUAAAAACAAACAAAAAAAGUCUUUUUAUGUAUGUAAAUGUAUAUCUUUUUGUGUAUAUUUAUUAGGAUUCCUUGUAUAAAAAGUGCAAUAUUAAUAAUUGUACAUUGUUGUCCAGAUAAAAACUAUUUUGGGGA